AUGGCAGUUAUUUUGGAUCCUCGGUACAAAUUUCAGUUUGUGGAUUACUAUUAUAAGAAGUUGAAUGGGUAUGGUUCUACUGAGAGCAUGAUUUUGAUACAUUUGAAAUUUGAUUUUGUGACUACUGCACAGAAAUCUCAAUUGGAAUUAUAUUUGGAUGAGCCUAGAGUUGAUAGGAUGUCCAAUUUGGAUAUCCUUGAUUUUUGGAAAACCAAACAGUCUCAUUAUCCUCAACUUUCUCUUAUGGCACGUGAUAUUCUAACUAUUCCAAUAUCUACGGUCGCCUCUGAAUCUGCUUUUAGUAUUGGUGGGCGAGUACUUGAUAAGUAUCGUAGUGCUCUUAAACCGGAUAUUGCUGAGGCCUUGAUUUGUACUCGAGAUUGGGUGUUUGAAAAGAAAGAUGUUGAGGAGGCCGAGUUAGAUGAGAUUGUAGAAGAUGUCAUAAACUCAAGUUCCUACAAUGAAACUCAAUCAACUCAAUGCUCGGCCAAUGUUGAAUCCAAUUCAUAGUGAGAUGAAUCAUGAUCAUGGAUACUACUUUUUGGUUUUGGUUUAAAUAUGGAUGUUGUUAUAGUUUGGGACUUUUUUUAGUUUUGCUUUGACUAUGGAUACUCCUUUUUUGAUUUUUUUGUUGUCAUUGGACUUAUGGAGUUAUGGACCUUAUGGCCAAUGUGGUUUCCUUUGAUAUUUAUAGCUAUUUGGUAGUUUAUUUUGCUAGAUUCUAUGCAAUGCUGUUUUUAUUUUUAUUCAAUAAUAGUCUAACUCUUCUUGGGGUAAGUUUUCUGAAUUCCUUGAAAGUAGAAGAUCUGACCUGUACCAAACCAGAAGUGAAGAGAUUGUAAGUUUUUCAGACAUUGCAGUGUGGUGAGUUAGUAACUCUCUUGUAU